AUGUUUUGUCUUGUUUUUUGGGCCAGAUUUUAUUGUCUUGAAAAUAAUGUUGCAGGAUUAUUUGAUGGAUUUAUAAACGAGAACGAUGAUGCAGAUGAAGAUGAAAUUAAUCAAAGAAUUUACAAAAAUUGUGCUAUGGCUGCUUUUGGAUUUAUCAAAUUACACUUUUUCAUGAUGAAUUUUGCAGUUUCAUUUAUUAACAAUGCAGCGGCUCACUCCAAGACUGGUGCUUUUCCAAAUCCAUUUCAAAAGGAAAAUAAUGCAACAAUUGCUUCAAGUCCGAUUAGUUUCAAUUUUAACUUAUUGUUCCAUGCAGCUGUCGUGGUUCUUUAUGUUUAUAUUGUAUUUAUUUUUGUGUGGAGUGUGGUUGGAAUCAAGUACGCUUUUUUAAUUGGGGCUGUUCAUGUCGCAAUAAUUAUUGCUUUAUAUCGAAAUACAAUCAAGUAUGUCCUUUCAUUGGCGUCAGGCACUUCGUCCACACCUCAACAAGCGUCACAAGCAUCCUCUGAAGGCGAGAAUAAGAAGAACGAUUAG